UCCAGAACCCUUCACUCACCCAGAAAAAGAAAACCGGAAUGAAGAGAUUGGGUUCAUGUUCGAGGCGCGCCACCGUACUAUUUCACAUUCAGGCGUCUCCCUCCAUUCCCAACCUUCCAUGAAUUCUCUCCUCAGAAUCCGCCGCUGGCCAUUUCCUUCUGCUCUCACCUCCGCUUCUCGCCGACGACUCUCUUCGUCGACCGUCACUUGUCGUACGGAGGACGGGUCGCCGGUGGAAAGCCCUAGCUUCGUUCAUCCUUGGGCGGUGGUCCAUCCCAAUGCAUUGAUUGGCGAGGGAGUUUCAAUUGGUCCAUUUUGCACCGUUGGAUCCACCGCCAAGCUUGGCAAUGGCUGCCAAUUGCAUCCCGGCAGUCAUGUUUUUGGAGAUACAGUGAUUGGGGAGCGUUGUGUUUUGAUGGCUGGUGCUGUAGUUGGUGAGGAUCUUCCCGGGAGGACCGUGCUUGGGGCAAAUAACACUGUUGGUCAUCAUUCUGUAAUCGGUGUCAAGUGCCAAGAUUUGAAAUACAAGUCAGGGGAAGAAUGUUUUCUUGAAAUUGGAGACAACAAUGAGAUUAGAGAACAUACAUCAAUCCACAGAUCUUCAAAGUCGGAUAAUCAAACGGUCAUUGGUCACAACAAUCUAAUCAUGGGUUCUUGUCACAUUGCUCAUGAUUGCAACAUUGGCAACCAUAACAUUUUUGCUAACAAUACUCUUCUAGCUGGGCAUGUUGUUGUGGGAGAUUAUGCUCACACGGCUGGUGCUAUCGUCGUUCAUCAGUUUUGCCACAUUGGUUCUUUCUCCUUUGUUGGUGGCGGAUCAGUGGUUUCGCAAGAUGUCCCCAAGUAUACAAUGGUGGCUGGAGAAAGGGCUGAACUUCGUGGUCUGAACUUGGAGGGUCUUCGUCGCCGUGGAUUCUCAGUCACAGAGAUUAAGAGCUUGAAAGCAGCUUAUAGAAAGUUAUUCAUGCCUGUUGCUGCAAAUGCUAUGGGAUUUGAAGAGCGACUUGCCAUUCUGGACCAGGAUGAAGAGUUGAGUAAGGUCCCUGCUGUACACUCCAUGGUACAGUCUCUGCGGGAUUCUUUCCUAGAAAACCGCCGAGGAAUAUGCAAAUUCAGACAGUGGAGUGGCUCCUAAAAAGAAUUUUUAUAGGAAUCCAUCAACACUUCCCUAAAGCAGUUCAUUUGCUUUAGUUUUUGUACCAUGGAGACAAACCGCGGAGGCUGAAGCUCAUUGAAUGCAGCUGUGUGUCGAGUAAUUUCUCAAUCGCACUGGGUUAUUCUCAGUAUAAUUUUUACUGCCAUACUUGUAUCAUGCUGAUUCCAAAACACAGGUGUUUGAGUGAAAAGCUGAUUCAUGUAUACUCCUCAGUUGACCUUCUCUCAGUCAGUCUAUACUGUGAAUUUCCUGAAAAGAGUUGUUCUAGAACUAGAAAGUGAUUGGUUAAGGCUGCUUUAGACCUUCUUCUUCUUCGUCAACCCCAACUGCAUCUCUUUCCUGCAUCAUCUCCCAUUAGUAUGUUACAUAUUUGAUUACUUCCUCUGGAAAAGGGAUAUAUUCCCUCAUGAAAACAGGUGGAAUAUGCUUCUAUGGCUGUUUGUCCUGUAGUUGCGAUUUUGGUUUUGUGGGUUGGAGUGUACUGAAUUGGACGGUGGAGUGAUUAGAAAUGGUAAUGGUCUUUUGGUUGGCUCUAGUAUAAUAACCAGAUUUAUUAA